GGGCGAGUGAGGAAAUCCAUCCGCGCUGCCGCCGCCGCCGCCGCCGCCGCCGCCUCCGCCGCGGAGGAAGACAGGACCGGCCGCCGCCUGGGCGACCCUCGCAGAGUCUCGCCGCCACAGGCCUCGGGCCAGAGGCGAGGAGCUGCCUCCCCCAGCCCCUGUCCCGCGGCCCUUAGCCGCCCCCAAGCCCGCCCCCCGGGCCCGGCGCCAUGAGUGAGCUGGAGCAGCUGAGACAGGAGGCCGAGCAGCUCCGGAACCAGAUCCGGGAUGCCCGAAAAGCAUGCGGCGAUUCUACACUCACCCAGAUCACAGCUGGGCUGGACCCAGUGGGAAGAAUCCAGAUGAGGACACGCCGAACCCUCCGAGGGCACCUGGCAAAAAUUUAUGCCAUGCACUGGGGCACAGACUCAAGGCUGCUGGUCAGCGCCUCGCAGGACGGGAAGCUCAUCAUCUGGGACAGCUACACCACCAACAAGGUCCACGCCAUCCCGCUGCGGUCCUCCUGGGUCAUGACCUGUGCCUACGCGCCCUCAGGGAACUUCGUGGCCUGUGGGGGGCUGGACAACAUCUGCUCCAUCUACAGCCUCAAGACCCGCGAGGGCAAUGUCAGGGUCAGCCGGGAGCUGCCCGGCCACACUGGCUAUCUGUCCUGCUGCCGGUUCUUGGACGACAACCAGAUCAUCACCAGCUCUGGGGACACCACCUGUGCCCUGUGGGACAUCGAGACGGGCCAGCAGACCGUGGGUUUUGCCGGACACAGCGGGGAUGUGAUGUCUCUUUCCCUGGCCCCUGAUGGCCGCACGUUCGUGUCGGGGGCCUGUGACGCCUCCAUCAAACUGUGGGACGUGCGGGACUCCAUGUGCCGACAGACCUUCAUCGGCCACGAGUCUGACAUCAACGCGGUGGCCUUCUUCCCCAACGGCUACGCCUUCACCACGGGCUCCGACGACGCCACGUGCCGCCUCUUCGAUCUGCGGGCGGACCAGGAGCUUCUCAUGUACUCGCAUGACAACAUCAUCUGCGGCAUCACCUCCGUCGCCUUCUCGCGCAGUGGCAGGCUCCUGCUGGCCGGCUACGACGACUUCAACUGCAACAUCUGGGAUGCCAUGAAGGGCGACCGUGCAGGUGUCCUCGCCGGCCACGACAACCGCGUGAGCUGCCUCGGGGUCACCGACGACGGCAUGGCCGUGGCCACAGGGUCCUGGGACUCCUUCCUCAAGAUCUGGAACUAACAGCCCCACCCCCCCUACCCCACCCACGACAGGGCCCAGGGCCCAGACCACGAGGGGCCCCGCCCACGCCCACACUACAGGCCGGGAGCUUGGGGCGGGAGCACCCAGCCCGCUCCCCUACCCAGGUUUGGUUCCUCCCGAAGCCCCCACCGUGGAGAUGUAGGGGGGUCGACAGGGAGGCGGGCGGAAGCCGGUCCCUGGCAUCCCUGGGUCGGGGCCUCACCCUCUGGAGGGCCAGAAACGCGAGGGAGAAACUCCAGGGGCUGGCUUUUUUAAAAACUGGUUUUAUUUUCAUUUUUAUUAUAUUUUCAGUUUUCCAUAAAGGAACCAAUUCAAACUCUGUA